GGGUAACAAAUGACUUGCUCUGCACUUAAACUUGACAUAAUGCAGAUAUCAUAUUGUAAAGUGCCACACUGUGGAUUCUCUCUCCCUCCUUCCCUUUCCCACCCUCAUAAAGAGUCACCAGGUAAUUUAUCCCAAAGGAAUGUGGUUGAUCUUUCCGGAUACUGGUAAACAAAGAACUGGAUGGUCCCAAUCCUUUGUGAAGAUGCACAUUCUUGGUCACUCAGCCGGGUGUUUCCUUGGACAUUUAUUCUUUUGUGGAAAAGAAAAGUCCCAACGCUGGUUGCUAAAUCUCAGUGACCCGAGGGCCCUGGAUUUCCUGCUACAAUUGUCUUCUAAUGCAGAAUCCUGCCUUCACCUUUUCACCCAUAUCCACUUUCCACAGAGAUGAUGGAUAAGGAGGUAUGACUUCAUUCAGUGACAUGACACGCUUCUUUGGGCAGCUCCACUGAGACCUAGUGCCCACUAAAUCCACGACCGAGAAGGAGUCACCACCAUCCACGUAAUACAUUCCCAGGCUUGCUCGCCAGAAACAGGCAGGCAUCCAGGACAUCAGCUCUAUUUUAUACAGGCACUUUCUGAACAAUCAGUGGCCCAAUGCCAUUAGAGAUAUCAUUUGUCACACCGUAAACUCUGCAAAGGAAUUCAAAGGAAGCAAACGCGGAGUACAAAACAAUGAGCACUGAGUCAGAGAUGUGCCUGUCCUUAGAUCUUUCUGGAUGCGAGUUUAUGAAGCUAGUUCUUAGGAUUUCCUCUGCAAGUAGAGGAAAUCCAGUGGAUGAGUUCAAAAGCUUUAAAGAUAUCCUCUCACAUUAAAUAAUUUCUUCUUCUUCUUUUUCUUUAGAUGUGGAAGGGAGAUGAAGAAAAAAGAAAACUCACUCAUUCACGCAAUAAAUAUUUACUGAACUGUGAGGUACCGUUUUAAAUGCGUGGAAUAUAACAGUGAUUGCAUAGACAACUGCCUCAGAGAGUUGACACGCUAGUUGGAGAUAAAGACAAUAAACAAAGAAACUAACAAGUAUACAACGGAAUGUCAGAUUCCUGUGUCAUGUGAGACCAGUUUUGUAGGUUUUGACGGCUCUGUGACUCCAAGAACUAUCCCUGAGAACUGGACUUCUCCUCUGUAGCCAGGAAUGAGGCCUGCCUCGUCUUGGCUUUUGCCUUCUGGAGGAAGAUUGGCUUUCAACAAGGAUUUCUGACCCCUAACUUGGCCGUGCCCACCACUGAUGGAGCAAGAGCAAAAACUGUUGAUCUCAGAUUCUAGUGGCUUCACGGAGAGGGAGAGUUUGAAAAGCCCUUUUCCAGGAGAUGCAAGUAAGAAUCAUUUGGAAACUGUACAACACAACUCCAAGGCAGAUAAAGAGAGCGCCUCAAAACGGUCUAAGAGAGAUGGCCCACAAAAUUGUAAGCAUGAGGAUAUAGAAGAAAGUCCAUUGAUGUGGUCCCAAGGCAAUGAGAUCUGGUGCAGUGAUUCCUAUGAGAAGGUUGGCAAGUCAGAGAAUCAGGGAAAUUCUGCAGGAGAAGAAGAAGAAAAACCCAGUCACUGGGGAUGGGCUCCCGGGGAACGCCGCAGUGCCUCUGUCCAGCAGAAUUCGACCUCCAGGGACAAACCCUACAAGUGUGCUGAAUGUUGGAAAAGUUUCAAUAACAGCUCUCAUUUGCGUAUUCACCAGAGGACCCACUCAGGAGAAAAACCUUAUAAAUGUUCUGAGUGUGGGAAAUGCUUCAGUAACAGCUCUCACCUGAUUCAGCACCUGAGAACACACACAGGAGAGAAGCCCUACCAGUGUGGCGAGUGUGGGAAAAGCUUCAGCAAUACCUCCCAUCUAAUCAUUCACGAGAGGACUCACACGGGAGAGAAACCCUAUAAAUGUCCCGAGUGUGGGAAGAGCUUUAGUAGCAGCUCCCACCUUAUUCAGCACCACAGGUCGCAUACCGGCGAGAAGCCCUACGAAUGUCCCGUGUGUGGGAAAUGCUUCAGCCACAGCUAUGUCCUCAUAGAACAUCAGAGGAUUCACACGGGAGAAAAACCUUAUACGUGUCCUGACUGUGGAAAGAGUUUUAGUCAGAGUUCUAGCCUGAUACGCCACCAGCGGACACACACGGGAGAGAAGCCCUACAGAUGUCUCGAGUGCGGGAAAAGCUUCGGUUGUAAUUCGACUCUCAUAAAGCACCAGAGGAUUCACACAGGAGAAAAACCGUAUCAGUGUACAGAAUGCGGCAAGAGCUUCAGUCGAAGUUCGAACCUAAUCGCACACCGGAAAACACACGCAGGAGAGAAGCCCUGUGAAAGUCCCGAAUAUGAAGAAAGUUUGAGUCGGAACUGCAGUGCGAUAGAAGAGUGUGGACUCCAGCCUGGGGAGAAACCCUACAAGUGUUGUGAGUGCGGAAAGCGUUUCGGUCUCAGCUCCCAUCUCAUUAGACACCAGAGAACACACACAGGAGAGAAGCCGUACAGGUGUUCGGAGUGUUGGAAAACUUUCAGUCAGAGUUCCACCCUGGUGAUUCACCAGAGGACACACACGGGAGAGAGACCUUAUAAGUGUCCCGACUGUGGCGAGGGCUUCAGCCAGAGCUUUAAUCUCAUCAGGCACCGGAGGACUCACGUGGGAGAGAAACCUUACAAAUGCACCGACUGUGACAAGUGCUUCAGCAGAAGUGCCUAUCUCACUCAGCAUCGGAAGAUGCACCUAGAAAAGUCUUUCGAGUCUCCUGAAGUCAAUGAUUUUCCUCCUGGGUGGACUUGGAAAAACUGUCCAGGGGAAAUGGCCCUCAUCUCUUCCUUUUCAGUCCCACGUCCAUCUUCCUCCUGAGUCCCAAAGCCCGUUUAUUAUUAUUAUUAUUAUUAUCAUUAUUAUUAUUUCUUUUCUUGCUGGAUCAUUACAAUUAAGGUGUUGCUACAGAGUUUCUUUGGUUUGUUUGCCAUAAUGUCUGGAAAAAGUCAAGCUCCCAGGUUGGAGGAUGGGAAGGCCCUGAUCACCAGCUCAUUGUAUCUGCCCAGUGGGAGAUGCUUCCAACGAUGGAGAAGAAAUGUUUUUUGAUUUAAGGUAAGAUUGGAAUAGCUUCAAAAGAAAACGUAAAGAGAAAUUCCGGGAAUAAGGACACCUGAGAGCUUGAAGCCAAGCUAGCCCUUGAAUUUCCCUAUUUCCUCUUGCUUGAGUGGGUGGCAGUAAUUCAUUAUUGGCCUCAGGGAGUUAUCCACAGAAAGAUUCGUUUUGAACAAAUAAUGUGAUUCUCUGGCUGUUCUGGUGGGUCUUAAGAAAAGACUCAGUUUUCUAAACACAUUUUUAUUUGCUGAAAAUGAACUUUCAUAGUAUUUAGAACUACACCGGCUAAUCCCGUAGCCACUAGUCACCUGUGGCUAUUUAAAUAAAUUUGUAGUAAGAUUAAAUGACAUUUAAAAUCUGGUUCCUUAGUGGCACUAACUACGUGCCAGGCACUCAGUAGCCACAUGUGACUGGUGGCUGCUGUAUUGAAUAUCAUAUAGAGUUUGUUCUUUCAAGAUUAUCAUUCUUCACAGACUCAUGAAGAUUUCCUAUGAGACUGUAGGAAAUGUGCUAUGAGGUUUUUGCUCCAGAGGAAUUGCAACAUAGACUAGAAAUGGGAUAGAGUUUUUAAGGCACUCCGUCUAGAGAUUGGCCAUUCUAAUGCUUGUAUGUCUUCUGUUCAACCAUCUUGGUAAUCCAGUGAUACGAUCCUGUUGUCUUGGCCAAAACCAGAUUAAGAGGUAGAAUUCUUGAAUUUUGUUAAUAAACUUUGGGCAAAUAGGGACACCUGGGUGGCUGUGUUGGUUAAGCGUCCAACUCUUGGUUUUGGCUCAGGUCAUGAUCUCACAGUUUGGUGAGUUUGAGCCCCACACUGAGCUCUGCGCUUACCGUGUGGAGCCUGCUUGGAAUUCUCUCUCUCUCCCUCUCUGUGCCCCCAUCCCCACUUGUGAUGUCUCUGUCUCUUGCAGAAAUAAUGAACUUUAAACAAAAAUGAAAAAAGAUUUUUGACAAAUAGUCUUUUCCCUUCAGUUUUCUCAUUAUGUAAUUCCUGGUUAGAUCAGAAACUGGGUUCUUUUUCUAAUAUUUAACCCCCUGAAUCUGAGCCAAUGUGCAGGGACAGUGUGCCAUUGGAGACCGAGAUUCCUUACUUCGUCUUGACAGUUUUCUUUUGCCUCUUGACUUAUGGGAUGUAUGGAUCCUCCCUGUUCGCCUGUCCAAUGGAAAUGAUGUUUUGUAAAGUAAUAAGUUAUUUUUUAUGCUCCUGACCCCUAUUUUUUUUUUACUGCCAGUUCAAGGAGUAGAAAGUCAGGACUCCUAAGUUGGUCAGGAUUUCUGGUCUCAUUUUUAGAUUCAAAAUAUAUUUUAUGAAGACUGUCUAUAGAGAUACAAAUUAGGAAUGUGGAGCCAGAAGAGGCCAGUUAGAGCUGCUGCAAAUGCAGAAGGCUGUAGCUGGUAGGUAACGGAAUUGCAUGGGGAUUCUUUCUUCUUUCGUGAUUGUGGUAGUAUGCCUGAUACUGGGGAGUCCAUUAAGUCUUUUCCCGUUGUGACAAGAUUAAAAAAUAAAGCAAAAGUUAACAAAAGACUUAAGAAGCAUUUGGGGUGAUUUUUCUGCUUUCAAGAAGGGGGAGAACAUUAAGUAUCAUUGGCUUUUAUAUGAUCCUCAUCUAAGCAUCUUUUCACCUUUGUAUGUUAGGCAGUAUUGUCCAAAUUGUCUUAAACUCUAAUAUCUGAGGGCAAGUGUUUGCAGUAUUUUACCACAGACAACUAAAAGUGUGAUUAACGUUUGAGAGUUAAAUUUGGGCAUUUGCUGUUGAGGCCGAAAUCCAGUUGCAAGGCAGUAGCUGUUGGAGUGGUACCCAGUCAUCCAUUACGUUGUGUGUGGCCAGUAACCACUCCUAACCUGCGUCCUCAUCUGUAGAGCAGAGGUCAUGCCUGCCUUGCAGGGUUUCUGGAAGGAUUAAGUAAAUGUUUGCAAAGCAGCUAGCACAGUGCUUAAAAUAUUAACGAGGUCUAAAUACAUGGGAAUUAGUUAUUAUUAAUUGAAAUAAAUAGAAAAAUGUCCUCCACACAUUUUCAGAAGUAGCAGUGUAAGCCGUACCUAUCCUACUUGUGAAUUCUUAAUGACCAACCUCAGGAACCCUGACGAAUAAAGAUUUGUAAAAGCACAAGACUGUAGAGUGUUUCAAUUUUGCAGACUUUUGAAGAACGCUUUUAUGUGAUUCGACGUACUGAAUAUUUUUGUUGUUCUUGAAACAAAGGAUUCAGCGUAAGUCAGGAAAGAACAAUAUAGCAAGUUCAAUGUAAGUUAAUUUGUGUCUGAAGACAUUAACAGGUACAGUUUAUGUCCUGUUAGCAUCAUUGACUCUGUUUUAUGAGUGCCCACAAGUACAUAGAACCUAUUUCACAAACCUCAGUGUCUAUAGAAACAUAGAUGUUCACAUUUUAGAUGAAUUAAGAUGGGGUCUCCUCCAUGAAGAAAACAAUUUAGCAAGAAUCCUUAUCUCUUUUGAUUGAAAACUAGGAACACAGAGGAGAGAUUUGUUACUUAUGAGAACAUACUAGUAAAUUUAAUCAUAUUUGAUGCCUGUAUCUCAAUUUCAUUAAUCAGCAAAUGGGUUUUUUAUUUAGCUCCCCAAGAAAUAAAUAUUCUGUAUUCCUUAUUUGUUUUGCCAGCAAAAAGAAUUCUGCACCUGAUUAAAUAAAGCAUUCUUAUUUAAGUGAUUUGUUUCAUAGUUCCUUUUUAACUAAAGAGAAGACUCUUCUGUUCAUUUUCCUACUCAGAGAAAGGGCUUAUAUUUUUUUCCCUACAGUGGAAUGGGGAAAUCCAUGUCAACACAUAGGCUCACAAGUGUCGUGGGGAAUUCAGUCCCUAGCUGCUGUAGAGUCUGCCAGAAGGCAUACAAGCAGUAAGUGUCUUACCAUAGUGCCUGAGCUGAAGGUUUGCUCCCAUCGUUCCAGGCCAUCCAAGCUGGAUCUACCAAAUGAGCCUUGUCCUUAGUGCUCUACAUGUUUCCUCAUUGAUGGUGAGAGGUAGUGGACUAUGGCUUGUGACAGUUGCCCCUCAUGCACUGGUCCAAUAUAUUCCAUCUCUGCCAGUCUCUCACUUUCUGAAAUCAUGGUCGUGACAAAACCGUCAUUGCUUCUUUAUUCUGUAUUUGAGUUUAUGUAAUUCCUUUCGAGCGGUAUCAUCAUUCACUCAGCAAAAAUUUGCCUGAUGCCCAGUACGUGUGCAGCAGGAGUUGAAAUGACGGUGGGAGGGGGAAACGUAUGGAUAGACUGAUAGGAAAAUGUGCAGCUUUUCAGGUGACUACUUUCUCCUUGCCAACUCUUGAACUACAACUUACGCUGAACCCUCCAUCUUCAAAUCUAAUAAUUUGAUAAUCGAAGGAGCUAGAAAUAACUAUAUAGUAAAAUGGGCUAGGUUUGCUCUGUGAAAGCACAAGUGCUUUGUACAUAGUGGCACUCAGUAGUUCUGAGUGGGUAUCAUAUGCUUAUAUGUUUUCUGUUAAUGGCCAGGAAUAUGCCCUUCCAGGAUAUGCCUUCCCAUUAGACUGUCCACUCCCUGAGUGCAGAGAACAGAUUUCAUUUCUGUAAUCCCAGUGCCCGACACAAAGCCUGGCAUGUGAAGUGUUUAGUGGUUUUGGAUGAAAGGCAUUUGCCAGUGGUGAAGUUUACUGGAAUAGGCUGUACAGUCUCAGCGUGCCCCAGGUCCCUUUGACAUCAUUACUUGUCCAGUCCACGGAGUCUGGGCUAGCUCGCAAGUGAAAGUGACAGGCCUGGGAAGCUGGGUCUAUCCUUCACGCUAACCCCUAGAGGACCCUCAACUGUCCCAAUUGUUCCAAAGCCUAUGGAGGGAAGACCUGGGCCUUUAAAUUCACGCUGUCCAGGACAGGUUCAGAGUCUGUUUCACAUUCAUGUUUCAAUCACUUUGUACUCUGUUCUUCGCUUGUAAGAUUUAGUAAGCAGUGAGUGAGGUGAGGUGCCUGGCAUAUUCUAGGUGUUAAGAAAAUACUGUCGUUCUUCCCUGCCCACCCUCAUUUUCUCAUAAUUUUGCUAAGGAUAGGCAAAUGCACAGAAAUUAAUCACUGCCUGAAUUGGUUAUUUCUAGGUUUCUAAAAUAAAGAUAUUAAUAACAUUUAGCUCAUGGGUUUGUGGGGAGGAUCAGUGAGAUACUGUAUGUAAUGUGCUUAUUAGCAUUGCUAAUACCUCAGUGUUAGCUGAUCUGUGAUAAAGUGGCUGUAUACAACCGUGGGUCUUUGAAUCAUCUUUGAAGGUAGCCCCAGAGACAUGGGUGUCCCCUGGGGCCACAAAAAUGGUGCAGUCCUUUUGUUGUCUACCCCAUGGACACGAAGGGGUAUGACUACACACUAGGAGUGUGUAGCAAGCUGAGUGUGUAGGCUAAUAAUGUAGCACAUCAUUAUUUUAUGGCAGCUCUGUGGGCAACUACUGCCUUUUCUAUUUAAAAAUUGCCUUUCCUUUCAUUCCCCAUCUCUUUUAUUUCAUUUUUAUUCUCUUUUACUUCUCUUUGGCCCUAACCUCUUCUGCCUUGUCCUUGCAUAUUUUUUUUCGCCCCACAUGUUGAUUUAUUUUUGAGAGAGAGAGAGUGCAAGUGGGGGAGGGACAGAGAGAGAGUGGCAGGAUUCCAAGUAGGUGCUGACAGCUGAGAGCCUGCUGCAGGGCUUGAACCCACAAACUCUGAGAUCAUGACCUGAGCUGAAGUUGGACGCUUAACCGACUGAGCCACCCAGACGUCCCUUUCCUUACAUAUUCUAACCCAAACUUAGGCUUUUUCUACCCUUUAUUUCGUUUCCCUUUCUUCCCUCUCCUCUCUUCCCCUCCCAGCGAAGUAGGAAUGAGGUCAAAGCUAAAGAUGGUCCAAACACUUGGUUAUAAAGAUCCAGAUGGAAACAUGAUGCUUGGCAAUCAUGACUUCAUGGGAUGUAGCCACUUACAAGCAGAGGUAGCUUGAAAGUGCUAAGUUGGUGAGGUUUGUGAUCUAACAUUGCAUGGCUGGUAAAAUCAGCAGAUAUCCUAGGAUCUGACACUGGGAGGGAUGAUGUGUAAGCUUUGGUUGAAAAAGGAUCAUGAUUAAUUUUGAGUCCUGUUAAGUCAUGUGGAUAAAUAGUCAGAUUAAAGAAAAUGCUAGUUGAUUAGACUGACAAACACAGGUGUAAGAUUUCCCCCUUAAAAUAAUAGCUUACUCUCUAAUUAUUAAAGUAAUACUUAUUGCUGAUUGUAAAAUAUACAGAGAAGUAUAAAGUAAGAAAUGAUGUAAAAGUGUGAAGAUCAAAAGAAAAAUGGCCCGUAAUCAUUUUUUACAGAGAUCACUCACCAUAAAAGUUCUGAGAUCUGUCCCAAUAACUUGUUUUCUAAGCAUAUAUCUGAAUAAAUGUUAAAAAAAAUUGGAUCAUGUGGGGAGUGUGUGUGUGUGUGUGUGUGUGUGUGUAUGUAUGUAUAGUAUUGUGUCUUGAUUUCCUAAUCUUGUUGUCAGUUUACUUGUUUUAAUGAUUAUAAUGUUUUUAAUGACUUCAUAAAAAUAGACUGAAUAAUUAUUAACAAUAACAAUUCAGUUCCGAAUUGUUGGAUGUUGGUGGGUGUUUAUAGUAUUUCUAGCUGUUUGCUAUUAAAAAGAACACUGUUGUGAACAAGG